AUGGAUAAUUGGAGCCAGAUCUGGUACUUGUAUGCUUUUCCUCAGUCUGACAGACUAAAGAAUGCUUUAGUUGAUGGCUCAAUCGAUCGUGUCUUCACAACUCCAGUUUUGCGACAUGAACAACCGCUGAAAGACGAUUUGGUCGCUGUAGCCGAUAAACUUAAGGUGCAAAAAAAAGAUCAUGUUGAAUAUCCAAAUACGAAAGAAGGUUUGAAAGUAUUGAUAGUAAGUUACAUUUUCAAUUUGUAAAUUUCUUUAGAAAGCUGGAAAGUUAAAGGCGGCUUUUAAUCUGACAACACAACUUUUGGUGAAGAUGGGUCACGUCCCAAAUGCACACAUCAGGAGGAAUGCUUGCACACCAGAAUCCUUAGAAGUAAGCUCUCAUUUAUAUACUUAAUAUUGCGAUUAGAUAUGGAAUUGUAGGUUUCAACUGCUAAUGGCAUUGGAGAUGCAUUCUGUUCUGAAGGAAGAGAUGGCUGCCUUUAACGAAUUAGAUGCUCCUGACCUUUACUUUGAAUUCAGAUCGGUUUAUAGACGUUUGGAAUACGUGGGAAGUGUGGUUCCAUUUCAGUUGCGUCUUAUCCAUGCUGAGGUUCCUCGGUUCUCUGACAAUCCUGAACAUGUAUUUAGUCGUCUGGGUAAGCUGGAGGAAAACACUAAGACUGUAUUGGCUGCUAUGGAAGACGAUAUGCACAAAUCAGUGUGGGAAAAAAGAUUGGAGGCUGUUCAGCUGGUCAGAGCUAGAGCUUUGUAUCACUUAAAGGUUUGUUGCCAACUUUUAUUACUUUAUUUACUUUUUAGGAUUAUAUGCGAGCUAUCCAGGUGUACGAAGAUCUUUUGUCAAGAGUUAAAAGCACUGAGAAGCACAACUUAAUAAGCAAUCAACUCACGAGGAUCUCGAUGAUUGUUGGACAUUCAAAGUUCUUCGAAAAAGCAGUUUCACUUAACAAAAGCUCAGCUUAUCAUCAUAAUAAGUACGUUACUUUAAUAUAUCUCAUGUUCUAGACGAUGUUUUAAGUUAUAACAAAUACUAUUAAUAUCGUUAUUACCAACUUGUUUUUCAGAGGUUUGAGGGCAAUCUUCGCAGCUAACUACCAGAAGGCAUUGGAUUGUUUCACAUCAGCGAAAGCCGAAGAUCAACAAGAAACUUGUGAGGUAAGAUAGCUACUGCCGAAAUUAAUUAUAAGAUUUGCAAUAACAAGGCCAUAUGCGAGUUGUACACUGGUGGCUUGAAAGAGGCGGUGACCGCACUGAACAGCCAUCCUAAAUCACCACUUCCUUUAAUGCGCAACUUGUACACGAUUGGUGACCUGGCUUCGACAAACAGUGCCGAGCUCCGAACUCAACACUUUGUCAAACAUUGCAACUCACUAUCAGAUUUGUACGACCCGACUCAGCUACGGGUACUGUAA